GGUAUGUAGAGCAUUUUCACAAGCCGGAGAACAAGGUUGUGGUCGUGCAUACACCGGAGUAUAACAUGGGGGCUUCAGAAAUGAGUCCUGGCAAGAUUGAGGAAGCCAUCCUCGAGGUAAAUGCCAAAACGGAAAUGGUCAAGCAAAAAUUUGUUCAGAAAAUGUGCGAGCUAGGGAUGAACGGUGAAUUUGUGGCGCUGGAAGAUCGAAAUCCAGGGCACGCCAUCUGCAAGUACGCGGAGAGAAUAAAUGCUGCUUAUAUUGUAACAGGUACUCGGGGACUGGGCACAUUCCGAAGGACUAUGCUGGGGAGCGUCAGUGACUACAUCCUCCACCACUCCCACGUGCCAGUUCUCAUCUGUCGACUGAAGUAA